AAGUUUCAGCAAAAAUCCCACCUCUAGAGACAAAAGUUAAAGUUGGGUUAAGAAAGAGACAAGAUACUACUUUUAAAUUUAUUCCUAAAGUCAUUGUAUUCACUUCUAUGAAUGAAGGAGUACCCGGUAUAAAGGAAUUUUAUAGUGGUGAUAGAGAUGUAUUGGAAAAAUCCAUACCUGGAUUAACAUUAUUAAAGUAUGAGGAUAUAUAUGAAUUGAAAGAAAUUAAUACCGAAAUUGCUCGUGCAAAGAUCACAUCUGGAAAGAGCAAGUGGGAUGAUUUAGUUAAAAGUCCAUCAUGGAUUACUUGGAGUGUUAUAAUGAGUAUAAUAUACGUUAUUAUAAUCAUCGUAUCAAUGUUUUUAUUAGUAAAUAAUUUUAAACAAUUUGGAUUCAUCGUGAGAAAUAUUAAAAUUUACUGUUAUCCUGGAAUUACAUUCGUUUGCAUAUUGGGGAUCAUCAAAUUAACGAUCGAUCCUAUUCAUGAAGCAGCGAUAGAUUUAUUUACUUGUGCCCUUAUCAGUCAUUCAAAAGAUCUAAUAUUGUUCAUCAUUUUUACAAUUUUGGAAAUUCAAUGGAAAAAAGCGGCAUCGAUCAUAUGUCAAACACAUCAACAUUAUUCCAAGCAUGCAUCAAAUUUAAUAAUCAAACUAUCAUUUACGUUGGAGUACGUCUCAAUAGGCCUUGUCGGUAUCGAAUUUAUAUUAUUUGGCUCAUAUAUCUUUACCGCGUUAAGAAAGAAAGUUCAACGACAGAGAUUAAGGUAUAAAAGGAAAGUUACUGCAAUAAAAGUAUUAAUCAUGAACAUUUCUUUUGCGUUCGCGAUUGUAUUUUUUGUGGUUACUGACGCCUUGCAAUUUUUAAUCCCGACAGUCGUAAAUUUAUGGUUACACCUAGUGUUGGGAAAUCUUGGUACUGCGAUAGCUUGUAUUAUUAUAAUUUUAGUUUUGCAAGACGAAAUAAUUGGAAAAAAUCUUCAAUUGGCUAAUAAUACCAAUCGAAAUUUUAACAAUUUUAAUGAUAAUUAUAACCGUGAUAAUCGUUCUUCACACAGCUAUAGUAGUAGUAGCAGUAGCAUGAAUCGUUCUUCCAUAGAGGUUACAUCUACUGUGACGCAAGAUAUGAUCUCAAUAAAUAGAUUAUCAUUGGAUGCCCAACCGGUUAGUACAUUAUCAUCACCAAGACCUUCAAUAUCAUCACCAAGACUUUCAAUAUCAUCACCGAGACCUUCAUUAUCAUCAACAAGACCUCCAAGAAAUUUAACUACAAUA